CCGGAGACAAGCGUGCGUACACGUUGGCCACACAUCGCACCUUACCUUGCUUAUUGGCUGGUUUUUGCCAGCAGAACUUUUUCAUGUGGCAUUGGGAGCACGGAUGGGAGAAGGUAGUACUCAAAGGCCAUUUUAAUUGGGUAUUUCGGCUGGCGUUUCAUCCAAUGGAGCCACAGAUCUUUGCAAGCGCGGGCGGCGAUGACACGAUCAAGGUCUGGAACUUAGGCAAAAGAUCGGUUAUUCAAAGCUUGAAGGAUACCGGCAAGGGUUAUAUAAAUCAAAUUGGAUUUUACAAUGGGCUUGAGAAAUCACUGCUCAUAUCAUCUCACUCAGAAAAAGGAAGCGUCAAGGUAUGGGACUAUAAGAAGGGGGUGUGCUUGGCAAAAUGGGAGGCUUGCAAGCAGGCCAUCAAAUCAGUGCUUUUUCAUCCGCGAUUACCGUACAUCUUCACAGCAGCAAAGGAUGGAGAGAUACGAGUUUGGAACGAUUCAAACUAUCAGGAAGUGGCGUCCUAUUUCCGUGCCUGGGAUGGCGACUUCAACGGGAUGGGAGCAUGUAAAACAUCUGACAUGCUCAUUCUGGCAGGUAACGCAGAGUUCCGCGUAGUGCAGGUAGUGAAAAAAAGAGAAGAAAAAGUCUUAGAACAGAAAGAAAAAGAAGUUCAACCGAACCACCGGCAGUCUCUCACAAAAGACCGAGAGAAUCCAGUACUAGCCACUCCGUCGUUAGAGUCUGACUACAGGAUCAGGCAAGAGGGGCCAAGGGUUGAGCCGGGCUGCAAGAAAGUCGUGGACGAAAUGAGUGCAGAUCAUCGAGCAGUGGAGAGAAUGCUUACCCAAAAGAUUGAGAAGAUGGAGGUGGACAUGCAAGCAGCAGUAGUAAGGCUUGAGACAAAAUUGGCAGAAGCGAUGUCAAUGCACAAAAGCCUCGAAGGGUGUAAGAGUAGGAUCUCUCAGCUGGAGUCCGAGAGGGACAAACUGACAGAGAGAGUUAAUGAACUGGAACAUAAAUUCAAAAAAGAGAUCACUACUAAACGCGAGAGGACUGCUUUGCUCCGAGAGUUUUCGGGAAAGGAACUCCUGGAUGCAACAAAUAAUUUUGAAGUGAACCUCAGGAGUCGAGACGGUAAUUGGCAUGAACAUGUAUACUCGGGGAAACUACGUGAUGGCACUCUUAUCGCAGUAAAGAGGAUGAGGGAUCAUGCUAGUGCACAGAUCAUUCAUGAUCGCAACGAGAUGAAGACAGAGGUAGUCGAUCGGUUGAGAUUGCUCCAGCAUCCCCAUCUUCUAACGCUGCUAGGAGUCUGCUAUGAAGAGAGCUGUCUGGUUUAUGAGCACAUGGAACGUGGAAGUUUGAAGAAUUGGAUCGUGCAAGGCGAAAACCACACCGGAGGGUCUCUUCCAUGGUAUGCUCGCUUUCGGGUAAUGGCGGAGGUUGCCAGAGGCCUGGACUUUCUCCACUCUGAUCUAUCCGCUUCUCGUGGUGGUCCCGUCAUCCAUUGUGCCAUUAAGCCAACAAACAUCCUGUUGGACCAGAAUUUUGUGGCCAAGAUAGGAGGUGUUGAUCAGGCAUUGCUUGUCCCAACGACUCCAGACGCUGAAGGGAAAACCUCAGUGGCACCAGAGUUUGCGGCACACAACUCUCAGUACAUUGCCCCCGAGUAUUGGCAGUCCAGAGUUUUUGAUGAGAAGACAGAUGUCUAUGCAUUUGGAAUCACUCUUUUGGAAAUGUUGACCGGAUAUUUCUCAAACGCAUUCAAAGUCAUCGAAGACUCUAUAGAGGAUCUGCCGGCUUUCGAGAGAGCUCUGGACGCCAAUGCAGGCAUUUGGGAUGUUGAUCUGGCUCGUAAAGUAGCAAACUUGGGGUUGCGCUGCGCCAGCCCGAAUGCUCGUGAACGGCCUGGCAUGACGACACCUGGUGUAGGCAUCCUACCCGUAUUGGAGGGAGUUGCAAGGAAGGUGGAUCUUGCGCAGUCAAUUAGCGAUCAUCAGAGAUAAGGAAGUGGGACAACUGCAUCCUAUGAGGGCCACAAGAUCAAGCGUCGAGCUUACCCAUGUUGAGGACCUGGUGGUCACAUGACUUGGUGCGACCGAUCUUAAAAAAUGUUCAAGAACCUCAAGGGUGUUAAGUCGGCAUUACAUGACAUGUGGAAAGUAGAGAAUUAGGAUAUGCUGUGUUUUUUCAUGCUGCUGAAGAGGACUGCUGAUGGGAUGGAGAAGAGGCAUGAGAUAGGUGGCAGGCCUGAUAGAAGUACAGGUCUGGUAUGGCUUGUGGGUCCUCGAUGCUUUUCCGGAUUCUUAUAUUUGUUCGUAUAAUUCGGUCAUCGAUAAUGGUCUCAAACUAGGUCUGGUCCGAUGCAUAUUAGGCAAUGUAAAUUUCAUUUCUCUUGAACCGCCAGGUCACCCAAAGCGGCCAAAGCGAAGCACUGCUCUUACCGGUAUGCGCCGGAAGCUUAAGAGGACUUUCAUUAGGGCGUGGGUCAGUAGUGAAAGUGGCUUUAUGUAAAGGUUUGAUUGCAGGCUCGCGAGGAUUGACUGGACUAGGUGGCUUAAGCUUUAAACAGGAUCUCUUUGGAAUUACCAAUGAAAACCACCAGAAACU